AUGGCGAUGCCGAUUCAGCUCAACAACAUUUUGAAUGACCUGCAGAAGCUGGGCGAUCCACUGAUGGUAUAUCUGCUGCCGGGCAGCAACCAGCCGAUCACAGUGACACCGCAGGGCGACAACACGGCUAGCAACCAGCAGAAGGUCGGCAACAAGCCGUCGAGCUCUGCCGUGACCACUUCGGCUGCUCCUGCGCCCAGCACAUACCUGCAGGUGUCGUCGGCCGCGCCGACCUCGUCGCCGUCUUCGUCCUCGGAAGAGGCCAAGCCCACUCAUGGUAGCAACGACAACUCGUCGUCGGGCUCCAGCGGCGGUAUUCCCGAUGGGCAAGGCAAUAGCUUCAACACGCCGUCGGGUGCUGUGCGCUUCCCAUGGAACCACAACAACGCCGACAACGUGGUCCCAAUCACCCCGCAGUCGUUGAAUGGCGGCUGGGCCAUGUCGCCCGACCAGUCGUGCAAGCCGGGAGGCUGGUGCCCGUACGCAUGCGCUCCAGGAUACUACUCGGCGCAGUGGGAUCCGAGCGCCUCGGCCUACAACGGCGCUGGCUCAAUGAACGGCGGUCUGAAGGCUGACGCUAACGGCAAGCUGUCGAAGCCGUUCCCUGACCGUCCGUUCUGCGAAUCCGGAAUGAUGAAUGCCCACAUUGAGAACAAGCUCGGCCAGUCGGUUUCUGCCUGCCAGACCGUGUACCCCGGUAACGAGGCCAUGAUCAUUCCGUCCGUCGCAUCUGCCGGCGGCUCAGUACAGCUCAACGUCGUGCCCAAGUCCUACUGGCUCGGCGUCUCCUCGCAGUUCUACGUCAAUCUGGCUGGUUCCGACGCCUCCCAGUGCAUCUGGGGCAACGACGACAAGCCGAUUGGCAACUGGGCUCCGUACAUCUUUGGCGGUGGCCAGGCAGCUGACGGCAACACGUACAUCAGCGUGCAGUUCAACCCGCUGUACACCUCCAAGGGCUUCAAGGUUUCUGAUGCCUACAACGUGCGCAUCGAGUGCACGUCGGGCAAGUGCAACUUCCCCAAUAGCGGAGAGUGCAAGUGCGAGGGCGGCAAGUGCUCUGUCGACAACGGAUGCACUGUUACUCUGCCACAGGGCGCUCAGGCCAAGUGGGUCCUCUACUAA